AUGUAUAGUUGUUUUUGUAAUUUCACAAUAAAUUUGCGCAAUAUCAUGCUGCGGUUUGGUUGGUUAAAUACCUGAUGAGCGUUCGUCUUUGAGUCAGUUUUCAGAUGUAUUUUACGCAGCAGGUUGUAUCAUACAAGAUAAAGAGAAAUCUAUAAACAAAGUGAACAAUAAAUAAAUUUGAAUGUGAUUGAUUUAAUUACAAUUAAGAUUUAAAAAUGAUGCUUAUAAUUUUUGGAAUUGCCUUACUCCUACUGGUUUAUAUCAAAUUAAGGAAAACCCACAAUUUUUGGAUUGAGCGAGGUGUUAAACAAAGGAAACAAAUUUAUCUUUUAGGAGACAAUGCCGGAGUCAUUUUGCAAAGGGAAACGUUUUUUGAUAUGAUGCAAAAUCUAUAUAAUGCUUACCCCGAAGAAAGAUAUAUGGGGAUGUAUCAAAUGACUCUUCCCACUUUGGUUAUCCGAGAUCCUGAUUUAAUAAAACAAAUCACCGUAAAAGAAUUUGACCAUUUCGUCGAUCACAGACCUUUCAUUCCUGAUGGUGUGGAUCCAAUUUGGAGCAAAAACUUGUUUGCGUUAAAAGGAAAUGAAUGGAGAAAUAUGCGAGCUACUUUAAGCCCAAGUUUUACCUCGAGUAAAAUGAGAGCCAUUUUUAAUUUGAUUUCGAUUUGUGCUCAUGAAUACAUGGACUAUUUUACAAAAACCCAAGGGACUCAAACGGUCGAAUUGAAAGACACUUUUACGAGGUACACAAACGACGUAAUCGCCUCAACAGCUUUUGGAUUAAAGAGUGAUUCAAUUAACGAAAAAGACAACGAAUUUUAUUUAAAUGGAAAAGAAAUUACAACGUUCACGUUUUGGAAGAAUAUGAGAUUUUUUCUUUACACUUUAACACCAAGAUUAUCCGCCGCGUUGAAAAUAAAAUUAUUCCCUGAUCACCUCACUAAUUUCUUCAAAAAUAUCAUAAUGUCUACAAUUAAAGCCAGAGAGGAACAAGGAAUCGUUCGUCCAGACAUGAUACAUCUUCUCCUAGAAGCGCGAAAAGGCAAAAAGAAAUUUGAGGUUCCCCCAGUUUUAGACACUGGAUUUUCAACUGUUGAGGAAACCAUAAAACCAGUUCAACAAACAUACCAAAUCACCGAUACAGACAUAGCAGCACAAGCUUUAAUUUUUUUCUUCGCUGGUUUUGAAACCGUUUCAAUAGCAAUGUGUUUUAUGGGAUACGAACUUACUGUUAAUCCCGAUAUUCAAGAAAGACUUCAAAAAGAAAUUGACGAAACCAUAGAAUCAUGCGAAGGAACUUUAACUUACGAAGCAUUAAUGAAAAUGAAAUACAUGGAUAUGGUCGUAUCUGAAACUUUAAGGAAGUGGCCGCCGGCUGUUGGAUCUGAUCGAGUUUGCAACGAAACUUUCACGAUUGAGCCAAAAAAUCCAGGAGAAAAAGCGAUUACUUUACAAAAAGGUGAUAUAAUUUGGUUUCCAACAAAUGCUAUUCAAAGAGAUCCAAAAUAUUAUCCAAAUCCUGAUAAAUUCGAUCCGGAACGAUUCAGCGAUGAAAAUAAACACAAUAUUAAACCUUACACUUAUUUACCUUUUGGACUUGGACCAAGAAAUUGCAUUGGAUCAAGAUUUGCUUUGUUGGAAUUAAAAACAAUAUUUUUCCACCUUCUAAGGAAUUUCGAUUUAGUUGUAACUGAAAAAACUCAAAUUCCGUUGAAAUUAAGCAAAAAAUCAUUUAAUAUGAUUGCAGAAAAUGGAAUGUGGAUUGGAUUGAAACCACGAUGUUUAUAAUUUAUUAAUUUACUAAUUUUGUAAUGUAUUAAAUUAGAAUUUUUGAUUUUAAUGUAAUGUGUCAUAUCGUUUUAAUUGUAUGCAUAAAUAAAUAUAAGUAUUAAAUAGA